CAUUUUUAUGCAGUACGGAGAAAACUAUAUGAAAAUCUGGCAGAAUGCAAGAUUACAGGAAAAGCAAAAUAGGAAACACAUUAAGACAACUGCAGAUUAGUUGAGCGAUGGCAUUUGCUGCAUACAGAGAGUCAGGUUGACACAGGACAGUUGUAAAGAAGAGGCAUCCUUGAAUAUGAGCUGAAGGCACAAGUCCUGAUGCAUCAAGAAAAAGCAGGAAGGAAACAUAAGACCCUGCAGUUUCCUGUCAAUCACAGCACUAACCAGGAAGUAUAUUGUUGAAAAGAAUCUAAACUGCAAGGCAGUUCUGCCUAAGCAGAGAACGGAUCUCAGUUAUUCAAAAGAUGCAUGAAGAAACACAGAGACUGUAGCUCAAGGACAAUCAAUAGUAGUUGUCAUUAGGAUAACACAGCAAACGCCUUGAAAAGACUCAUUGUGGAAGGCAAUUGGAUUUCUUGGGUGCAUAUGAAGAAAUAUUAAUGAGUUUUUAGUGGUCAAAAAAAUAUCCACUUUAAAGUUUGCACAUGCACGUAACAAGACAAUGUCAGCUUGUUUUCAUUGGGUGUCUUUUGAUGACUUUGCUGUUUAUAGCACAAAAAGCAUCACUUAAUAACCAAUUAAAGUAUAUCAAUGUCAACCUGUCCAGUACUACAGAUACAAAGAACAUUACGUACGAACAGUUAAUUACUCUGCCUCCAGUUAUCAAAUACCCUCUUGACUUGGUUUAUCCCUACAACUAUAGUUUUAUUCUAAAUGAGCCAAACAAAUGCAAUCCUAAGGCUCCAUUUCUGGUUCUUCUGAUCCUAUCACAAGCAAAUGAAUUAGCCAGCAGGAAAGCAAUUAGAGAGAUGUGGGGCAAUGAAAGUCUGGUACCAGGUGUCUCCAUUAUGAGGCUGUUUUUAUUAGGGAUGCCAAAAGGAUUUACAGUCGAAAUUCAAAGAUUACUUGUGGAAGAAAGCAUGUUGUUCCAUGACAUCAUUCAGCAGGAUUUCAUGGACUCGUAUGUCAACCUGACCAUCAAAACAAUGAUGGGACUGCAGUGGGUAAGCAUGUUUUGUCCAAGUGCUUCUUAUGCCAUGAAGAUCGACAGUGACAUGUUCUUAAAUACGGAAUACUUAGUCAAAUUCCUCAAUCCUGAAAUUCCAAGGAGGACAAAUUAUUUUACAGGUUACAUGGUGAGAAAUGCAGUGCCAUUCCGAGAUCCAAAAAGUAAAUUUUAUGUUCCUUUUGAGCUUUAUCCUGCAGGCUUCUUUCCUCCCUACUGUGGUGGGCCUGGGUAUGUAUUUUCAGCUGAAAUGGCCAAGAAGAUAUAUGAUGCAGCUCAAGUUAUCAAAGCAAUCAAUAUGGAAGAUGUUUUUGUUGGGCUCUGUCUGCAAAAGUUAGGAAUUUCUAUUACAGAAUCUCCAGCUUCCCUGUUUAACUGGGAAAAGAUCGAAUAUGAGGUGUGUCGCUAUGCAGGCCUGAUCACUGUCCACCAUAUUGCUCUGGAUGAACUUAAACAAAUAUGGACACAUUUUAUGUUAUCUAGGCACACAUGUUCUGCUACCAAAGUUAUAUAAGCUAAAAGCCAGAACAAAAUCUUUCAAAUAUAAAAUGUAACAGACAGAAACUGCUGCUAUGGAAAUAUAUAGCAGUUGCAUUUAUCGACUUUAAAACUGUACAUUCAGGAUUAUUUUACUCUGAUACUGCUGGUUUAUUUAGCCCAAAUGUGAAUAGUUACAUGGUGGUCGUGUGAUUUAAAAAAAAACAGUAUUUUCACAUGACUAGCAAGUAAAGUAAGAAUAACUGUAAAACUUGUUUUUAGAAACAUUGGUAACAAGAUUUAUAAGAAAAAUAAAUUGCCGUUGGCUGUACUAUUUUCAUAGCAGUGUCUCAGAUGUACAACACAAUAGCAUGUGAUAAAUGACAGAAAAUGCAUAUUGUUCCUCUUUUGGAAAUAAGAACACAUUUUAAGAAAAGGUGCUGCCUCUGGUAAACUUGUGUUUCAGCUAAUGCACAGAUAUAAUGUCCCAGGCCUUUGUAACAUGAGACAUAAGUAACUGUAUCAUGGCAGUACAUAACUGUUACAUCAUCGCUGAGAUCUGAUGCAAUUCUUCUGCCUCUCGCUGUGCAGGUUAUUGAAAAAUAAAGGCUUAUAUAAUCUA